CUAUAUUAGUUAUAUUACCCUACUAUCAAAAUGACUUUAAAAGUCUUAUGUAAGUGUUAAAAUGAAGAGAAAAUAUGAUGUGUCUAUAUUAGUUAUAUUAGCCUACUAUCAAAAUGACUUUAAAAGACUUAUAUAAGUGUUAUAAUGAAGGCAACACAUGAUGUAAGUGUCUAUAUUAGCUAUAUUAGCCUACUAUUAAAAUGACCAUGAGUCGCAGGCUGGCGCAACUCUUCGUUGACAGCAAUGUUGAAAUGUAAUAUUCAUUCUACACUUUUUUACAACAUUGGAAAACAUUAGUAAAACUUCUCAGAAGGUGAGAUAACUUCUGCAAAUGACUGGCUUAGGAUGCCCAAAGGUAUAGAUGUGUGUGUCCAAGUUAAAGGAAACAUCUUCUAAUGGAUUUUUUUUUUACAAUCUUUGCAAGCUGGGUAACGUUUGCUGUGGUCUGGAACAACAUGGAACUCAACUAUCAGAAAUGCAGCCAAAAUUACAUACAGAUGAUGUGUCAUGAGACAUGCAAAUAUAAAUGAAAUACACAGAGUAAAGGAAAUUAAAUGAACUCAAAUAUAGCUACAAAUGAGGCAUGAUGAUGCAAUAUGUAUGUUAGCAUUGAUUAGCACUCCAACAAGUCAAUAACAUCAACAAAACUCCCCUUUUGUGCAUUCACGCACAGCAUAAAACCUUUGGUGGACAAAAUGAGACAAAGAAGGAGUGGCAUAAAACACAUCUUUCUGUGGCAGCGUCGGAGAAAGUAAACAAACUACGGUGAGUUCAAGGACCACCGAAACUAGUAGGACAAAACGGUGCCCGCCAAAUACUCUCAUCGGUGAAGCAUGUUUAAUAUAAACUGUGCGAUUUCUAACAAUUAGGAAGGUUUGUGUCAUGUUUGUCCUCCUACACAAACAAUAUUAGAAAAUAUAUUUUCUCCUCAUCUUUUUCCAUUUUGAUGCAUUUUUGAAAAAGCUCCAGGCAGCCACUAGGGCGGCGCUAAAGAGCCACAUUCGGCUCUCGAGCCUCGGGUUGCUGACCCCCGGAUUAAGCAAAAAAAUCAAUGUUCCAGGGUUUUAAGGUAUACCGGUACUAACAAAAUAACGCGGUACUAAUGAAUUAAAAACGGUACUACACUGCUACUGCCUCUGAAAAAUACUGGUGCUAUUUUUUUAUUUUUUUUUAAUCAACAUCACGGCGCGCUGUCGUCAUGACGUUCUGGGGCAGAGAGGCGCAUGUUUGGCAACGCGAACGUGCAGAGUACUUACAAGCAGAGACGUUGUGAAGACAUAAGAUGCAGAAUGGACGCGUUUUGGCUGGAAAACAAACGAUAAAUGUCACUGAAGAGGUGCUUCAAAACAUAGCUAGCUCGCGGCUAACGUUAUUCUUUGAUUGCAGUAAGAAACAUGUAUUGAUUGUUAAAAUGAAGCCAAUAAUUACUAUUUUUUUUGUAAUCCCCUUUAUUUUGAGAUUUUAAGUGUCAGGACUUGGACUAUGGCGUGGUUUGUUCUCCCGUGGUGCAAAUGAACAUUUGGACCAGACAUGGCGUGAAGGUGAAGACAUUAGACACUAACAAAGGAACAAAAAGCGCGCUCAAGGCGGAAGUACAAACUUGACUAACGAAACAAAAAGACUUGCACGUGGGCAAAAAACUAUGGACAUGAACAAAAGUCGCUAACUGUGGCAUGAAUAGAAACAACUUACUUGGACAUGGCAUGAAGUGCGCAGAGGUAAACAGAGUGAGAAGCAGAGAGUCAGGGGUAUGAUGUCGCCAGGGAGACUUCCUGGCAACAAUGGGUUUAAAUAAUAGUGACAUGAUUAAAGACAGGUGCGUGAGUCGUGAGGGCAGGUGAAAAUUAAUGGGUUGCUAUGGUGACAAACAAGAGUGCACAAUGAGUCCAAACGUGGAACAGGUGAAACUAAUGGGUAACCAUGGAAACAAGACAAGGGAGUGAAAAGCCAGAAACUAAAGAGUCCAAUAACUAAACAAAACAAAACAUGAUUACACAGACAUGACAUUAAGUACCGGUACCAAAAUAUCGGUAUGAGGACAACCCUAUAAUGUACUCGCAUGAUCUACUUUAAGAAACUGUUCAAACUUGAAGUGUUGACAAAGAAGAAGGGGUAAGAAUCCUGAUAAACUUUGUGAACCUUAUUUAAAAAAAAAAAAAGAGGAAAUCUUAUUUAUCUCAUAAAGAAUGAAUUAAAAGAUCAAUGACUUUUCUGUUUUGUUUCAUCAGCCGCGUUACAGACAUUGUUUGGAAACACUUUAGGUACAUUUACAAAAUAUUUCUGUGCAAAUAACUCAUUUUGCAAUGAUUAUAUCUGCCGAUUACAGUCCGGUGCGGCUAAUAUAUGAAAAAAAUCCUAUAAAAUGUUGUGGGUGCGGUUUAUAGUCCGGACAAUACGGUAUAUCCUCUCAAUGCAUUUUUACAGAAGCGAAACAUUUGCUGGGCUGUGGAAAAGACAUAUUUGGCUUGCAAGUGAUGUACAAUUUAUUGGAGUUUCUCCAAUCAAAUAGAAGACGUGUGUUUUCUGAAUACAUUAUUUGUUCUGCCCCUCAAAUAAAUGGGAAAAAAAUAUAAUUUAAUAGUUAAUUUUUGUUUUUUGUCCAUAAAACAUAAAAUAAACACACUGUAUGAUUUUUUUUUUUUAUUAAUGCAAUGUAUUAAUAGGUCUCAGAGGGAUUAUACACGUGUACUUUUACCUCCAUCCAGUGGGGGGCAGUGGUGCUUUUUACAGUGCAUUUAUAUGUGGGCCUCACUGAUUAAAAUAGUGUUUUCUAAAUGAAGUAUUUGUUCUGCCCCUCGAAUCAAUAAAAAAAAGAUAAUUUAAUAGUUAAUUUUUGUCCAUUGUAAAUGACAUAAAACAUAAAAUAAACACACUAUGAUUUUUUUAAAUUAAUGCAAUAUAUCAAUAGGUCUCAAAGGGAUUAUAGCUGUGUACUUUUACCUCCAUCCAGUGGGGGGCAGUGAUGCUUUUUACAGUGCAUUUAUAUGCGGCCCUCACUGAUUAAAAUAGUGUUUUCUAAAUAAAGUAUUUGUUCUGCCCCUCGAAUCAAUAGAAAAAAGAUCAUUUAAUAGUUCAUUGUUGUCCAUCCACGCAUAAAACAUAAAAUAAACGCACUGUAUGAUUUUUUUUGUAAUUAAUGCAACGUAUUAAUAGGUCUAAAAAGGAUUAUACACGUGUACUUUUACCUCCAUCCAGUUGGGAGCAGUGGUGCUUUUUACAGCGCAUUUAUGUGUCGCUGAAGAAGACCGUACAGCCAACUUCGUUGAUCACAUAAGUAUGCUCUACCUACCGCCUUGUUGCAAAGUUAAUAUCAAAGUAACAGAUAUUUAAAUGUUAUUUUUUUGCUUGUUGAACAUAGACGCUUCAGGUGUAAUAGACAUCGUUUAAAACACAUUUCGCUGACUGACGACACCAGGAAGUAGACGGCCCCUUGCUGACGAUACCAGAAAGUAGACGGCGUCUUGCUGACGACACCAGAAAGUAGACGGACCCUUGCUGACGAUACCAGGAAGUAGACGACCCCUUGCUGACGACACCAGAAAGUAGACGGCCCCUUGCUGACGACACCAGAAAGUAGACGGCCUCUUUUCCGCCGACUCUCACUACUUCCGGUGUGGUUGUCGGGGGCUUGAUGUUGAAAAAGCUCCCCGCUGCUCUGCUGCGCUUUCCCCGUCGCCUGCUCUCCGUCAGCCGUCUUCUCGGCAGCAUGGAGCCGGCGGUGGUGAGGUGUGUCCCCGGGGAGCCCAGGCUGACAAUCUCGUUCAGCAUGGCGGGCAGCCAGAAGCACAUGCAGCGGGAGCAGGACGAGCCUCUGGGCAAGGUCCUGUCCCGCAUCGCCUGCAACCUCGCCAAGGGCCAGGCCAAGAAGACCAAGAGGAAGGCGCGGCAGCAGCCCUCCGAAAGCCCGGAGCUCGCCGUGGUCAAGCUGCUGGUGGACGGCGACGAGGUGGAGGACACGGUGGUGAACUCGGAGGCGUGGAGGGACGGAGCCGUGCUGCGGGUGGGCGACGUGGAGUACUUGGUCAGCAGGAACGCUCCCACCUUCACUAGCGCCGAGCUGCCCGCCUCCCUCUUGGCUGGAUUCCCCGUGUGUCCCAAGCUGGAAGUGGAGUUCGGAGACCUGCAAGACUGCGAGUUCCUAUGGUUCAAAGAACAAGUCCCAAAUAUAAGUGCUCAAACCUCCGGCGAUGCAGCCGUUGAAGACAUCGCCUGGACAGAAGUAGGACGUGCCAGAGUCUACGUCCCCUCCAAUCAGGACAUUGGCUGCAGACUCAAACUCUGCUGCACGGCUAAAGGUGGACACCGCAGAGGGCAGCUCAAAGAACUGGUCUCGGCCAGUGCCAUCGAAGCGGGACCGGGGGUGUGCACGUUCGACACCCGACACGCGUACACGGCCAAGCAGGUGGACUGGCCGUCUGUGAGGGUGGUGUCCUACAACAUCCUGGCCGACAUCUACGCCCAGACAGAGCUGUCCAAGACUGUGCUGUACCCCUACUGCGCCCCCUACGCCAUGCAGCUGGACUACAGGCAGAACCUGAUCAAAAAGGAGCUGGCAGGAUACCACGCUGAUAUUGUGUGUCUGCAGGAGGUUGACACAGGUGUGUUUUUGGACAGUCUGACCCCGGCCCUCGAUGCCUUCGGCCUGGAUGGCGUUUUUAGGGUUAAAGAGAAGCAACAUGAAGGACUGGCAACUUUCUAUCGCAGGACAAAAUUGAAGCUGCUGAGUCGCCAUGACAUCAUGUUGAGUGAGGCGCUGACCUCUGACCCCAUCCACGGCGAGCUGCUGGAGAAGGUCUCUGCGAACAACUCCCUGAAAGACAAGAUGGUCAAGAGGUCCACUUCCUUACAGGUCAGCAUACUGGAGGACCUGAGCCAGGCCGGCAGGAAGGUGUGUGUGGCCAACACACACCUGUACUGGCACCCUCAAGGGGGGAACGUUCGCUUGGUGCAAAUGGGCGUGGCCAUGCGACACCUGAGUCAUGUGAUGGAGGGGGUCGCGCCAGGAGCCCCGUUGGUGUUUUGUGGCGACUUCAAUUCCUCUCCGACCUCAGGUGUGCUCCAGCUCGUCACAGAGGCCACGGUUCCCCAGCAGCACGGGGACUGGAGCAGCUCGGGUCCGGAGGAGUCGUGCCCUAUGGAGCUGCCCUCCACGUUCCCCCCCUUGCUGAGCGCCUGCUGCCCGCUGGCUUACACCAACUACGUGGGCGGCUUCCAAGGCUGCCUGGACUACAUCUUCAUCCAGCCGGAGAGGAUGCAGGUGGAGCAGGUGAUCCCUCUGCCCAGCCACGAGGAGGUGACCACUCACACGGCUCUGCCCAGCGUGGCGCACCCGUCUGACCACAUCGCACUGGUCUGCGACCUGCGCUGGAACCCCUGACCUGUGAGCGCCCGGUCAAACACGUCCAAGAAAUGGACCCAAGUCACAUUUGAGCAACUAUCCAUCCAUCCAUUUUCUACCGCUUAUUCCCUUCGGGGUCGCGGGGGGGGGCGCUGGAGCCUAUCUCAGCUACAAUCGGGCGGAAGGCGGGGUACACCCUGGACAAGUCAUUCGAGCAACUAAAUUAUCUCAUUUAAAGAGCUUCAAUGUCUGAAGUUUUUAUUUAAAGUUCUUUUAAUCACUGAUAUUCAGUGUUUAUUUAUAGACUAGACUCAAUUCUCAACGAAAUAGAUCGCAACUAAUCAUUAGUUUGUUUUGACAUUAACCAAGCGUUACUCACUGGUCCCUUUAUUUGAAAUAAAUGUCCCUAAGGACCACUUUUAAGUGUGGCUUUUUUUGUUUACAAACUGUUGGACUAAACAAUAGUAAUUAUGGUACAAAAGGAGUGAAGUUGUCACGUUGUGUAAAUAGUCAAUAAAAACAGAAUGCAAUUAUUUACAAAUCCUUUUCAACUUAUAUUCAAUUGAAUAGACUGCAAAGACAAGAUAUUUCAUGUUCACACUGAGAAAAAAAAUUUUUUGCAAAUAAUUAUUAACUUAGAAUUUAAUGACAGCAACACAUUGCAAAAAAAGUUGGCACAGGGACAUUUUUACUACUGUGUUACAUGGCCUUUCCUUUUAACAACACUCAGUAAAGGUUUGGGAACUGAGGAGACACAUUUUUGAAGUGGAAUUCUUUCCCAUUCUUGCUUGAUGAACAGCUUGAGUUGUUCCACAGUCUGGUGUCUCCGUUUUGGUAUUUUAAGUUAAAGGGGAACAUUAUCACAAUUUCAGAAGGGUUAAAACCAUUAAAAAUCAGUUCCCAGUGGCUUAUUUUAUUUUUCGAAGUUUUUUUCAAAAUUUUACCCAUCAUGCAAUAUCCCUAAAAAAAGCUUCGAAGUGCCUGAUUUUAACCAUCGUUAUAUACACCCGUCCAUUUUCCUGUGACGUCACACAGUGAUGCCAAUACAAACAAACAGCAAGGUAUAGCGACAUUAGCUCAGAUUCAGAAUCGGAUUACAGCAGCUUCUGUCUGAUAAGAUAAUUACUAACAACUAUGAACUAGGUUUACAGCAUAUGAAAUACAUUUGGCAACAACAUGCACUUUGAGAGUGCAGACAGUCGCGCUAAAAACAUAUAUUUUUCCACGAUUUCAGCACUCAGGUUAACCAUACCUAAAUAGACACAAAAUACUGCAUUACACAAGACUACCCGAAUGUACCGUAUUUUCCGCACCAUAAGGCGCCCUGGGUUAUAAGCCGCGCCUUCAAUGAACGGCAUAUUUCAAAACUUUGUCCACCUAUAAGCCGCCCCGUGUUGUAAGCCGCAUCUAACUGCGCUAAAGGAAUGUCAAAAAAA